AUGGCAUCCAGCAAAACCAACCAAAGAGGUUACCGUUCGCUGGCUCUUCUCGAACAGAAAGGUGCAUCUAUUGUACACGGUCCCUCUCAAGUGCGGGCACAAGAAUCGACGUUUGGACGGACUCUCCGAAAACAAGCGAUCGAGCGACCCAAUGGACUCUUUGUAGAAUCCCACCACCAAAACAGGAGUCUGACCUACUCUGAGGCUGAUGAUCGAACGGACAACCUGGCUCGAGGCCUUUCUGUGGCACUAGGCGUGAAGAAAGGCGACAGAGUGGCCAUCAUGGCUGGAAACGAGAUUGAAUAUAUCGAGGUCUUCUUCGCAUGCACGAAACUCGGCGCAUUCUGCACGUUGACCAACUAUGCAUACAACGAACAGGAGAUGCACAGUGUUCUCUCCUCAAUCGGUGCCUCGGUUCUGAUCACGCUCCCUUUCUUCGGCCGGUACGACUACAGGCCAUGGCUACCGCGGCUUAAACUCAAUAUCCCGAGCUUGAAGCACACGAUAUUAUUCCACGAUGACCAACGUCAACGAGAGGAAGCCGUCCAUUACGAAGACAUAAUCGCAGCAGGGUCAAAGUCCACCUUGGAUCUGCUCGGAGUAGAAAAAACCCUCAACGCUGGCGAAGUGAUCAACCUCCAAUUCACCAGCGGCUCCACGGGGAUGCCCAAAGCAUCGGCGCUGACACAUCGCGGCCUUCUGCACUGCGGAAGACAUAUUGGCGACACGAUGUAUCUUCAACCUUCGGACAAGAUCUGCCUUCCCGUGCCGUUAUUCCACAGCUUUGGGAUUGUCAUCGGUGUUGCUGCGGCACUUGUGCGCGGCGCGUCGGUCGUGCUUUGCGGAAGCACAUUCAACGUUGAAACCACACUCACAAGUGUCUCCAAGUACAAAUGUACGGGCAUAUAUGGUGUCACGACCAUGUUCGCUGCGGAGAUGAACCAUUCGAAUUUUGCUUCAUAUGACCUGUCGAGUCUUCGAUUCGCCAUCUUGUCGGGAUCUGCAGUCUCGGAGACCUUGAUGCGUAAGGUCUGGGCGGCGUUUGGUCUCACACAGACUCACACAAACUGGGGAAUGACGGAAGCUGGUUCGAUAGUCACGAUGACGAGAGACACGGACAGCAUUCGCCAGCGGACGCUUACAUCUGGCCGACUGUUUCCCGGAUUUUCCGCUAAAAUUGUCGAUCCGACGACCAACACAGUCGUCUCAAGAGGAAGAAAAGGUGAAAUAGUACUGAGAGGCCCAGGGGUCCAGGCAUGUUAUUAUUCAAACCCUAGGAAAACUGCUGAGUCACAUGUCAUCCCACAAGAAGACGGGUUAGAAUGGUUCCACACAGGCGAUGAAGGCUUCAUCAGCACCGACGGGUUCUUCACCAUCACGGGACGGAUCAAAGACAUGAUCAUUCGGGGAGGCGAAAACAUCAGUCCCUUGGAGAUUAAAGCGCGCCUGGCAGCUCAUCCUUCCAUAGCUCAGAGCGCCGUUAUCGGGGUCCCCGAUGAAAAGUACGGCGAAGAGGUUUGCGCAUUCAUAGAGGCACGGCCGGAGGCGGAAAUCCCAGCCGACGACGAGGUCAGAUCAUGGGUCCGGGAGAAAUUGGCACAUUUCAAACAGCCCAAGUACAUAGUAUGGUUGGGAUCUCGACCACAAUUUCAAGUCUGGCCUAAGACAGGGACUGGUAAACUGCGAAAACCGGACUUGCGACUUAUCGCUGCUAGGCUAUUCGAACCUCACAAGAGCAGACUGCAGUCUAAUUUGAUGGCUGAGACUCGUUUGUAG